CAAACAAGCAAUACAAUUGCCCGAUUAGACUUCAGCUACUCUCACAUGGUCGUAACAAGCAUUUAUGUUUGAGGACCAAGCAUCCUAAGAGCCAUCUGCGCGCAAUGAUUGUCUACCAUGUUUGCCUCUCAUAUUGUUUAGCUUGAUAGUUGAUAUGAUGCCUUUCCUUGCUGAUCCCUCUUAGCUUGAUUUGCUUCAUACACUGCUUUUAUAAUCGAUCACAAUUUAUAUAUGAUUUAUUAUUCAUCCCUCUAUCAUAUAUUAUGCAGUUUGUAUUAUAAAUUUUGUUUAUUCAUAUAUCAAGAUAGAAGGUCACUCAAGAAUACAGAUAAGAUCAAAAAUUUCGGCUUUUCAUCAAUGUUUUGUCAAUCACACGGGUAUAAAAAGAGGAAGCAUUGGCUCCCUUCUUCUCUCAUCUCAUCUCAUACCACCAUAUACCAAGCAAUUAAGAACAAUGGCACCAGAGUUGUCUCUUCUCUCAUGUCUUCAGAACUACCUCUCCUUCCUCUUCUUCUCCUUCACCACCAUCUUCUUUCUGUUCUCUCUAUUACUUCUAUUACUGAGAUCCCGGCCAUGGUGCAACUGCCACGUCUGUAAGGCCUACCUGAGCUCGUCAUGGACCGCCGAGUUUGCCAACCUCUGCGACUGGUACACACACCUCCUCCGUGAAUCGCCGACUGGAACCAUCGACAUCCACGUGCUCGGUAACACGAUCACCACCAACCCCGACAACGUGGAGUACAUGCUCAAGACCCGGUUCGACAACUUCCCCAAGGGGAAACCUUUCUCCUCCCUCCUCGGCGACUUCCUCGGGCGAGGCAUUUUCAACGUCGACGGCGAGUCGUGGCAAUUCCAGCGCAAGAUGGCGAGCCUCGAGCUCGGCAGCGUCUACGCCCGCUCCUUUGCCUUCGACAUCGUCUCCACCGAGGUCCGCCGCCGCCUCCUCCCCCUCUUCACCACCGUCUCCGAGCGCGUCAUCGAUCUCCAGGACAUGUUCCGGCGCUUCGCCUUCGAUAACAUAUGCAAGAUCUCCUUCGGACUCGACCCGGGCUGCCUCGAGGUAUCGCUGCCCAUGUCGGAGUUCGCGGCGGCCUUCGACACGGCGUCCAGGCUGUCGGCCGGCCGCGCGACGGCGGUGGCGCCGGCGGUGUGGAAGCUGAAGCGGCUCCUUAAUGUGGGCUCGGAGAGGGAGCUGAGGCGGGCCAUCCGGAUGGUUAACGUGCUAGCCAACGAGGUGAUAAGACAGAGAAGGAAGCUGGGAUUCGCCUCCAACCUCGACCUCCUCUCUAGAUUCAUGAGCUCGGUCGACGACGACCGCUACCUCCGCGACAUAGUCAUCAGCUUCCUGUUGGCCGGCCGCGACACGGUGGCGUCCGGCCUCACCAGCUUCUUCCUCCUCCUCUCGAAGCAUCCGGAAGUAACAGCCGCCAUUCGAGACGAGAUAGCCAACGUCAUGAGAGGCAGCGGCGACGACGAGGUGGCGAGCUUGAAUCAGCUGAAGGAGAUGCACUACGUCCACGCGGCGAUGUACGAGAGCAUGCGGCUCUACCCCCCGAUCCAGUUCGACUCCAAAUUCUGCAUCGAGGACGCCGUGUUGCCCGACGGUACCUUUGUGAGGAAGGGGACCAGGGUGACGUACCACCCCUACGCCAUGGGGAGGAUGGAGAGCAUCUGGGGACCCGACUGCGAGAAAUUCAAGCCGGAGCGGUGGCUCCACGAUCGAAAGUUCGUGCCGCAGAGCCCGUUCAAGUACUCGGUCUUCCAGGCCGGGCUCCGGGUGUGCCUCGGGAAGGAGAUGGCUCUCAUGGAAAUGAAGACCGUCAUCGUGUCGGUGGUUCGCAGCUUCGAUGUCCAAGUGCUCGAUGGGGACCAACCGCCGAAGUUCGCCCCCGGGCUCACCGCAUCGAUUCGCGGCGGGCUGUCUGCUCGGGUGCGGCGGCGGAGCUCCGGCGAGGAAAGACCCGGUCACGGUGCAUGUUAGCAUUAUUGUAUUGGGUUGCGCUAAAGUGCACCACAUGAGCCCCCAUGGUGGGAUACCUUACGUCAUGUACAGAGAACGGAAGGAGAGCGUUAAUUUUCUUGCUAGUGGCUGUCGUUAUGUUGUUUAAUUUUGCGAACAUAAAAUUAAAGGAAGCAAGGAUAAGUUUUGAAGGCUUGUUGCUAUCAAGGAUGGGGAUGCGUUCCCCUUGAUGAUGGCAUCAGAGAUGAAGUAAAGGCCAGGUGGGAUGGCUGAAGUGUGAUUUCAGCGUCAGAUACCUUCAUUGGUGACGUACAUCUUGACUCAGCCAGCACAAGGUUCCCGGUUCCCACUUCCUCUCCGCCCCAUGGUUUUAUGCUCGAUCAUCAAUAAAGUUUGUGCAUGCAUGUAUGUGCCACAUGCAUAUAUAUUAUAUAAUUCCUAUU